AUGCUCUUCGCCGACUUCAUAACCCAAGCCACAACUUUGCUCGUGGCAAGCUUGUCUCAACUUCAGACCAAUGGCUUGUCGUUAUGGGGGACGCUCGAUGUACCACAAUUACCUCUCUAUAACUCAACAAAUGCGCCACAAACAUCGCUGCAGAACACUUAUGGAGUGAUUCCAAAUACAGGGCGUACUGUAUAUUAUGAUUGGACCAUAACUAGGGGAUAUAUAGCUCCUGACGGAGUUAACAAAAGCGUCAUUCUCAUCAACGGGCAGUUCCCUGGGCCACUUCUUGAUGCCAAUUGGGGUGACAUGAUCCAAGUCACUGUCCGAAACCAUAUCAAAGAUGAAGGAACUACUAUUCACUGGCACGGGCUUCUGCAGAAGGGCACACCUUGGAUGGAUGGCGUUCCGGGAAUUAGCCAAUGUCCCAUUAGUCCUGGCAGCCAGUUCACGUAUCGCUUUAGAGCAGAUCAAUAUGGCACUUCGUGGUAUCACAGUCAUUACAGUGGUCAAUACGGCGCUGGUCUUUUUGGACCAUUAGUCAUAUAUGGCCCUCAGAACGUCCAUUAUGAUAUUGAUAUCGGCCCAGUUAUGCUCCAUGAUUGGUAUCACGCCGAUUACUACCAAGUGGUGGAACGACUUUUCUCAGUGCCUGCAAAUCCGCUUGCAGCCAACAACAACCUGAUCAACGGAAAGAUGGAUUUCAAUUGUAGCGCGAUCACUGUGAAUGCCUCUUGCACAGCCAACGCUGGGCUUUCUAAGUUUCAUUUUCACCCGGGUAAGACGCACCGCCUUCGUCUCAUAAACCCAGGCACAGAAGGGAACCAGAAAUUCAGUAUCGAUGGGCAUUUAUUGACAGUUAUCGCUGUUGAUUUCGUUCCAGUUGUACCAUAUGACACGAACGUGGUAACUGUAGGAGUUGGACAGCGCACAGACGUGAUAGUUAAAGCUGUUGGCAAGGUGGGAUCGUCAUAUUGGAUGCGUUCCAACUUUAGCCAGCUGUGCGCAUCUAGCCCCAGUCUACAGCCGAACGCUCUAGCCGUGGUAUUGUACGACGGCGCCGACCCAAACAGCAGGCCCAAAUCCACAGCAUUUCCUUAUAAUGAAACCAAUUGCUUGAACGAUCCCCUUAAUACAACUACCCCAUAUAUCAAGAGUACUCCGCCAGUUACACCACAAGUCACCCAAACAAUAGACAUAAAUUAUCUUAUCAAUGGAUCCGGCAUGUUUCUAUUCACCUUCGGUGGCAGCUCUUUCCGGGCGGAUUACAACCAGCCAGUCCUUCUUACAGCAGCAACAGCGACAACAUCAACGUCGAACAGCGGUAUAUAUACCAACAGCACAUCGCUCUAUCCAACUACUAUGAACGUUCAUGAUUUUGGAACGCCUGCCACUGUUCGUCUAAUAAUUACAAACAGCGUGCCAGUCUCUCAUCCUAUGCAUCUUCAUGGUCAUAACUUUUGGAUACUGGCGGAAGGAGUUGGCACAUGGGAUGGAACCAUAACUAAUCCAUCUAAUCCGAUCAGAAGGGAUACUUUCAUGAUGGCAGCAGCUCUUAGAAGUGGCCCAAAGGCGUACACUGUCAUUGAAUAUGUUGCUGAUAAUCCUGGCGUAUGGCCGUUUCACUGCCACGUCGCUGGACAUGUCUCAACUGGGCUAUUAAUUAAUGUAUUGGAACAACCAGAUGUGUUAGCAAAUAACUCCCAGGCUUUGAAUUCAAUAUCGCCGACGUGUGAAAGUUGGCAGAAAUGGACGAAAUCUCAUUUGGUUGAUGAAAUUGAUUCGGGGGAAUAG